CCCCCUACAAUUGCGGCCCAGGCCGACCUCCUAAAGGUGAUCCUUUGAGCUGGAAGGUGCGGCUCGAGGGGCUUGUAACUGAGCGCCUAGAGCUAUCUUCCAAAGUUGCUUCGUGUUUCCAAGUGAUGGAGGCUCAAUGAUGUGAUGCGGCACGAUCGACUGAUGCUGGCUCAGAGGCUACAGCCUUUCAAUAGUGAAACCAGGCUGGGCACGCUCUUGCCGUUCGUUCAUGGUCGAUCAGUCGGUGGUAAGCUCCCCCUCCCGCGCCUUCAGCUGCGUCCCAAACUUCCCCUCUUCAUUUUUCUCGAUCAACGAGACCGAUUUCUUGACCAUCACCACCAGAGGUCCUCAAGCAAAAGGAAUUCCAACUUUCAUUAAGAGGCCGCGUCAUCUCAACCGUUACUAUUCACCUCUUUGGAAUUUCCAAACCUAUAAGGACGCCCCUCCUUAACGCAUGAUCCGAUCUUUUUGCCCGCCCGCCUUGUCCCGUUCUGCACUCAGCUUGGCCCCUCCAUAGUUGGGAGCCUGGUGAGCCUCACUCGCCUUGCCAACAGAGAAAUCCCUUCUGGACCAACCUUGCUUGACACGACUCAAGUUUCAGGGAUUAGGGAAUUUACAUUUCGCCUCAGACCUGACCUGUGUCGGUGGAUGGAGUUGGACCGGAUGGGACUCGUUCUGCGAGUAUAUGGACGCUCAGCUGAGGUCCACGGGGAGAAACUGAGCCAUCGUCGCCUUGAUGGGGCGCGGACGCUGUGAUUUCCAUACAUCUCCGAAGGCCCUGUCUGCCCUGGGGUCUGCCAUUCCCGGAGUCGUUCCCCGCCCCUCCCCUCAACUUCCGCCAUUAGCCCCGGACUAUAUGUCUCGAUGGCGCAGUUCCUGCACCGUGAGUGAACAUCCUACUCUUAUUGACCCAUGCUGCUAGGUCCGCUUGCUUAUACCACCAUCGGGACACCCAGCCACGACAACCUUUCUUGGUCCUAGGAAACCUUGACCUCUGCGUCUUCCAUCAACUUUGAUCUCCCAUCCCAACUCGACCACUCUGAUUGGGCCAUAGACCCUGCAGUGCGUCUUAGCAAGACGGUGACGAGAAAUAAGCCUGUUUCCCGCGCCAACGAUACCCCUUUGUCCAUUCCUACCCCAUCCACCCACUCUAUCAUCGUGGGCAGACCACAUCACCACCCCUCCAACAAACCACAUCGCAAUACCGAAGGUCACAUUGCUGGUUCCAACACACAACAAAUCGGUAACAUCCGUUGACUGAACGAUGUUCGAGAUCUGCGGUUCAAACGGCGACUUCGUGGUUCCAGAAGGAAGCGAGGACCCCGUCAAUCCUUCAACUUAUCGCCCCCCUGGUAACAACGCAUUAGGUCGAUCUGAACCUCGGGGAUCGAACCGUCAAUUCCGUGGACACGGGGGAUUAGCCAUGAGUCAAUACAGUGAAAGAAUUGCACGAUCCAGGCUCAAUAACUCCAGAGCACAUCCAUAUGCACCAGAACAACGUUUCCGUGUGUCAACUCCGGGCGCGCCUUUCUCCCCUUACAGACACAUCGUCCAACAAUCCAACGUGGAUACCGCCGCUUCUAUUGGGCCUCAGUCGGCAGCGCUCAAUCUCCACAUACACCCUGCCGUUCCGAAACGAAGAUGGGCGGCGUGGAGCGAAAGAAGGUUGCUUGGAAACUCCCUCAUCCGGGACGAACGCCCGAAAGCCGUGACCGCUCUUUCCGCCAGCAACGACAAGUUGCCCUUCCUUGCCUUUUUUGAUCCCGACAUCUCGUGCUCAGUCAUAAGAUCAUCCGCAGUCGAAGUGUUGGGGUUUCGACCCAUGAAAGCGCCAAAAGGAACCGGAGGGGCUGUGAUUUGUUCAAGAUGGGGUGUUGUCAACUCAGCAAAGUUCGUUCAAGUGGUAAUCGAGAGCCUGAACCGAGGUAAGGCCGAGGUAUGCGUUGGUAAGAUCUGGGUGUUGGAUGAUGAGAAGAACCUUGACGACGAGAACGACGAGAAUGAUGGUUUUGGAGCAGCCAUGAUCCUGCGUGCAGAUAUCUUCAGUGCGGAUCAGCCGGGGCUGGAUAAGGGCUCAGGCCAAGCUCCUCAAACGAACCCAUCCCGACUAUAUCCUCGACAGCACCCCCAAUUCAGGCUUACGCCGCCCAGCUCGUCUCGAGUGAGUUCAGGAACGGGUGGCGUCACGGCGUCGGUGCUGCACACUCCGGCAACCUCGGUUCAUUUUGCGACUUCAUCUCCCGCGGACGAUACGAGGCACCAAACUGUCGAUCAGCAACAAACCCAAACUCAGCAUGCAGGCGCCUUCCAGGCCCAAUCGCAACUGCACACUCCCCAUGUCCAGCUCGAGCAUUGGAACCAACAGGCGCAUUCUCAACUCAGCGCACGACAACACCACCAAAUUCGAAGGUACCCCAACCGUCACCCUCAACAACUCAAUGAGCAGCGGCAACAGCGGCAGCCAGACACCUUUAUGUAUGCCAAUGGUGGCUACCUCGCUACGCCGUCGGCUACAGGCACCCAAAGCCUGUACAGUCAUUCUGCGCCAUCUUAUAGCCCAAUCCGAAUGAACUUGACGCAAGAGCUUCCAUGGACGCCUUUAGACAGCUCACCCGGCCCGGACUUCUUGGGUGGCGGCGUGGGCCACAGGGAAACUACCCGGGACAUCACUAGAUGAAAUUUGUCGGUCACCGAUUCCAACAAAGAUCAGUUUCGUCCAUGGAUUGCCACUUAUGCAGCCCAACGAGCUUCCAUUGACUCAUCGGUGCCUAUCUGCAUAGGAUAGGCCGCCAGCCAACCAACCAACAGAUAACGUCAUGAGAACCACCAACCAGCAACCGAUACGGCCUAGCCAUCAUCACUGCAUCAUCCCCAACCUUCCGAGAUGCCUGACUGGCAGUGUGGAAUUGCCGGCAGCACCUGGGCAGCCACUCUCCUCCUUUUCACGCUCCCAAGAUAGGACUCUCCACUUGGCAAGACCUGCUCUAGGGAAGGGAUUCAAUGCCAAGGCGACGAGGAUACAGGCCUUGAGGCAGGUUCUUUGAAGAUGAGGUUCUGUGGGGGAACUGAGCAUGGAAAGAAAUCGGCUUGUAAGGGGAAAGAGGAGAUUGUCCUUGCACAGCUUGUAGUGUCAACAUGAAGAAACA